AUGGCCGCGCUCCUCCCAGACUCCCAGGUUGUGUGCCACGAGGGCGCCAGACACACUAGUAGGGGGCCAACUGGGAGUGACUUCGGAGCGCCCCCAAGUCCUGCCAAGGACGGAGGACCCCUGGGGCACGGAGCAGAGCGCAUCCUGGCGGUGCCCGUGCGAACAGACGCCCAGGGCCGCUUGGUGUCUCACGUGGUGUCGGUGACGACCGCCCAGACCGGGGUUCGGGCCCGCAGGGCUGCCCCAGUCCAGACCCAGGGCUUCCCUGGAGGCAGUGAGGAGGACCCUGAUCACCACCUAUUCUACAAUGUCACUGUCUUCGGCCGAGACUUGCACCUGCGGCUGCAGCCCAACGCUCGCCUCGUGGCGCCUGGGGCCACGGUGGAGUGGCAGGGAGAGUCCGGUGCCACCCGCGUGGAACCCCUGCUUGGGACCUGCCUCUACGUUGGAGACGUGGCCGGCCUGACUGAAGCCUCCUCCGUGGCACUCAGCAACUGCGAUGGGCUGGCUGGCCUGAUCCGUUUGGAGGAGGAGGAGUUCUUUAUCGAGCCCCUGGAGAAGGGGCUGGCAGCAAAGGAGGCUGAGCAGGGUCGUGUGCAUGUGGUGUAUCGCCGGCCAUCCAACCCCAAGCUCCCUUCUCUUGGCGGGGCACAGGCCCUGGACACAGGGGCCUCCCUGGGCAGCCUGGACAGCCUCAGCCGUACCCUGGGCAUCCUGGAGGAACGGGUCAACAGCUCGAGGCGCAGGGCACGCAGACAUGCUGCUGAUGACGACUACAACAUCGAGGUUCUGCUGGGCGUGGAUGACUCCGUGGUCCAGUUCCACGGAAAGGAACACGUGCAGAAGUACCUGCUCACGCUCAUGAACAUUGUCAAUGAAAUCUACCACGAUGAGUCCUUGGGGGCCCACAUCAAUGUGGUCCUGGUGCGGAUAAUCUUGCUGAGCUACGGGAAGUCCAUGAGCCUUAUCGAGAUUGGGAACCCCUCUCAGAGCCUGGAGAAUGUCUGCCGUUGGGCCUACCUCCAGCAGAAGCCGGACACAGGCCACGAUGAAUACCACGAUCAUGCCAUCUUCCUCACACGGCAGGACUUCGGGCCCUCAGGGAUGCAAGGCUAUGCUCCUGUCACCGGGAUGUGCCACCCCGUCCGCAGUUGCACCCUGAACCACGAGGAUGGCUUCUCCUCAGCGUUUGUGGUGGCCCACGAGACGGGCCAUGUGCUGGGCAUGGAACAUGACGGGCAGGGCAACCGCUGCGGCGACGAGGUACGGCUGGGCAGCAUCAUGGCACCCCUGGUGCAGGCAGCCUUCCACCGCUUCCACUGGUCCCGCUGCAGCCAGCAAGAGCUGAGCCGCUACCUGCACUCCUAUGACUGCCUGCGGGAUGACCCCUUCGCCCACGACUGGCCGGCACUGCCCCAGCUUCCCGGGCUGCACUACUCCAUGAACGAGCAGUGCCGCUUCGACUUCGGCCUGGGCUACAUGAUGUGCACUGCGUUCCGGACCUUUGACCCCUGCAAGCAGCUGUGGUGCAGCCACCCGGACAAUCCCUACUUUUGCAAGACCAAGAAGGGGCCCCCCCUGGAUGGGACCAUGUGUGCACCUGGCAAGCACUGCUUUAAGGGACACUGCAUCUGGCUGACACCUGACAUCCUCAAACGAGAUGGCAACUGGGGUGCCUGGAGUCCAUUUGGCUCCUGCUCACGCACCUGUGGCACAGGUGUUAAGUUCAGGACCCGUCAGUGUGACAAUCCACACCCGGCCAAUGGGGGCCGCACCUGUUCAGGUCUUGCCUACGAUUUCCAGCUCUGCAACUCCCAGGACUGUCCUGACACCCUGGCUGACUUCCGUGAGGAACAGUGCCGACAGUGGGACCUGUACUUCGAGCAUGGUGACGCCCAGCACCACUGGCUGCCUCACGAGCACCGGGAUGCCAAGGAGAGGUGCCACCUCUACUGCGAGUCCAAGGAGACCGGGGAAGUGGUGUCCAUGAAGCGCAUGGUGCAUGAUGGGACGCGAUGCUCCUACAAGGAUGCCUUCAGCCUCUGCGUGCGAGGGGACUGCAGGAAGGUGGGUUGUGAUGGAGUAAUCGGCUCCAGCAAGCAAGAAGACAAGUGCGGUGUGUGUGGAGGGGACAACUCCCACUGCAAAGUGGUCAAGGGCACAUUCACUCGCUCACCUAAGAAGCUGGGUUACAUUAAGAUGUUUGAGAUCCCGGCAGGAGCCAGACACCUGCUCAUCCAGGAAGCAGACACUACCAGCCAUCACCUGGCUGUCAAGAACUUGGAGACAGGCAAGUUCAUUUUAAAUGAAGAGAAUGACAUAGAUCCCAAUUCCAAAUCGUUCAUUGCCAUGGGUGUGGAGUGGGAGUACCGGGAUGAAGAUGGCCGGGAGACACUGCAGACCAUGGGCCCCCUUCAUGGCACCAUCGCUGUGCUGGUCAUCCCACAGGGAGAUACCCGGAUCUCGCUGACGUACAAGUACAUGAUCCACGAGGACUCACUCAACGUGGACGACAACCAGGUCCUAGAAGAUGACUCCGUAGGCUACGAGUGGGCCCUGAAGAAAUGGUCUCUGUGCUCCAAGCCCUGCGGCGGAGGGUCCCAGUUCACCAAGUAUGGCUGCCGCCGGAGACUGGACCUCAAGAUGGUUCACCGAAGUUUCUGCGACGCCCUCACGAAGCCCAAAGCCAUCCGCCGGGCUUGCAACCCACAGCAGUGCUCCCAGCCCAUAUGGGUCACGGGUGAAUGGGAGCCGUGCAGUCAGAGCUGUGGGCGGACAGGCACGCAGGUUCGCUCUGUGCGCUGCAUGCAGCCGCUGCACAACAACACCACCCGCCCAGUGCACGCCAAGCACUGCAACGAUGCGCGGCCCGAGGGCCGCCGGGCCUGCAACCGUGAGCUCUGUCCCGGUCGGUGGCGGACCGGACCCUGGUCCCAGUGCUCUGUAACCUGUGGCAAUGGGACCCAGGAGCGGCCAGUGCUCUGCCGCACAGUGGAUGACAACUUUGGGAUCUGCCAGGACGAGCGACCUGAGACAGCAAGAAUCUGCAGGCUGGGCCCCUGUCCAGGAAACAUCUCCGACCCCUCCAAGAAGAGCUAUGUGGUUCAGUGGCUGUCCCGACCGGACCCUGACUCGCAGGUCCAGAAGACUUCGUCAAAGGGCCGCUGCCAAGGUGACAAGUCAAUGUUCUGUAGGAUGGAAGUCUUGUCUCGCUAUUGCUCCAUCCCAGGCUACAACAAGCUGUGCUGCAAGUCCUGUAACCUGCACGACAACCUCACUGAUGUGGAUGACAGGGAAAGGUCACCACCCGGGAAGCAUAAUGACAUUGAAGAGCUCAUGCCCACCCUCCCAGUCCCCACUCUAGUCAUGGAGGUGCAGCCUCUGCCAGGCACGCCCCUGGAGGUGCCUCUCAAUGCCUCCAGUACCAAUGCUACUAAGGAUCACCCCGAAACCAAUGCAGUUGAUGUACCCUACAAAAUCAAUGGCCUCGACAACGAGGUCCAGCCACCCAACCUAAUUCCUCGCCGGCCGAGCCCAUAUGAGAAGACUAGAAACCAAAGAAUCCAAGAGCUCAUUGAUGAAAUGAGGAAGAAAGAGAUGCUCGGAUAGUUCUAAUAAAAUGGAAAGGUAGCAUCAAUAGCAUUUUUUUUUCUUGCUUAUAGAGAUAUUCCAUGGAAUGACAAAUCCUGUGUCAUGGAGAUGAAGCCAAAAUUUCUAAGUCCAAAAAGUUUUGAAGGAACAGAGGGAGAAUGGCAUAAAAAUAUGUGUAUGUGUGUGUGCGCGCAGUUGUGAGCAUGUGGCAAUGAGGAGAGCGCCUGGGUGUCCCAGCCCGAGAAUGUUCUAAGUCCUGAACCGGCGUUGGGUGUGGGGUAGCGAGGAAUGUGGAGGUUCUACAGCCUCUGUCAGCGAGGGAGAAAGAAAGCACUUGCCUCAAGUUUCUGCGCAGUAACCGGGCAUCUUCCUUUCCUCAGUGGUGACAACCCUUCUGGAAACACAGGACAUUUCCUUCUAAUCCCCAGGCCUAGACACAAACCACAUGGGGCCUCUUAGGAAAUGGUGAUUUAUUUACUAACUGACCAGUCACUAAAAUGAGCACACUGAGGUGGAGGCUGGGAACUCCAGUGCCUUCAAUGACCAGGCAGGUGGUGAGGAUGAGUAUGGUGGCCAGCUGGGGACCGGGACCAACCUGAGAGCUGCCAAUUAUGGGUCAGCUCCAGCAUUCCUGCCUCUGUGAGAACUGGGCCCCGCUGCCACAUAGCAUGCUUUUUCACUAGAAGUCUAGAUUUGCAUGUGAAAAUUCUCAGUCUUUAAAGAUCAGCCCAAAAUAUUCUAAGGAGGCCUGGGAGUCUGUUAGGGUCUAGAGCUGCCAGGCUGCAGCCUCUGGUCUCCAUGCUUGGCCUGACACAGCCUUGCCAACUAAGGACUUAGGGGAAGACAACUGACCCAUUUGGUGCUCACCAGCUGCACUAGAAUAUCUCAGCCAUGUCUGAGCUGUGACACUGACCAUUUCUUCCCGGAAAAGUACCGGGAAUCCUAUAACUUUGGCUUGAGGAUUGAUCUAAACAGCCAGUCACGUUUUCUGAGAGAGGAGAAGCCAGUGGGGUACAAUCCCAGGUCUCUCUCCUCUCCAUGAACCCUGGCCUUGCUUGUCCCCUCUAGCCAGCCUGGCCUCAGCCCUGCAGCUCCCCAAAGAGGCUCUCUCCUCCCCAAGCGCAUGGCAAGGCUGAGAGGCAUGCACUGUGCUGGGAAGUCCAGUGAGUGAUCAAGGCCCUGACUCUCCCAGGGGGCUGGGAGUGCUGCCACCAGGUGGUCAUGCGGAGGGACCUACUUUGGGUGCUUGGGUUUGCUUCUGAUCACCAGCCUGGCUUGUGGGGGAUGGGCUUGCCCUAUGGAGCCUCCCAACUCCCCAGCCCUGCCCCCACUUUCGUCCCUUAGAAGCUUCAGCAGGGAACUGCAAGGCAUGUCCUCUGAUGGGAGGCUUUGGGUGGGGGAUGGGGAGAGCCUGCUGUAUCUUCUGCUCUUUCCAAAACACUAACCCUUUCUACCUUGGCAGAAUGGUGGUUUGUGAGCAAGAUGUGAAUGAGAGAGAAAUAAGAAGGGAGUGAGUGGGGGUGGUUGGGAAAGCAAUGGCUAAUUUUUACAUCUCCCUGCUUUGAUAUUAACAUGCAGCUUAAAUUUCCCAGAAUUAUAAGACCUAGGGGGCACAUUAGCUCCUUAGCUGGGCCUAAUUCUUAGGCUUUUCAUAUCCACAGAAGUUCUAGAGCCUUUUCAUUCUUGCCAGUCAUAGAUCUUAGAAAACUCUUUCUUGUUUAACUGCCCAUUAUAAGGACAAAAAUACUGAGGCUCAAGAUAACACCAUGAUGGCUCCUUUAUAUUGAGUUUUGAGGUGCAUCUGUGUGAAUCUGUGCAUGUGUUUGGAUGUGUCUGUGUGUGUAGUCUAAGGGAUACAAAAAGGGUGUAGGACAUAGUGAGAACAGUAUCUGGGAUAAUGCUUCACCGUCCAACUGGGUGAUGCCCAGCCAUCCUGUCCCCUGACCAGCCUGCCCCCUACCUCUGCCCCCCAUGUCCCACACACGCUCAUGCACGUCCCUGUUUUAAAGGAGCUUGCUGGCUCCUAAAACCAAACUGGAGAAAACGUUUUGAACAUCUCUCCUAGUAUAACUUCUUCUUCAAUAAGAUUUGGUAUAAAGUAAAUCCUGUCGGUAUAAUUAGGAAAUAGGUCUCUCUGCUUUCUCUCAGCGGUAGAACCCCUGGCACUAUUCAUGGCCUGAAAGACUAGGCAGUUCUUGCUUGGGUCUGUCUUGGAAUGUAAAGGAAGUUUGGGGUGACUAACCCUGGCCAGAGGGUAUUACUCAGUCUACGCAGCCUGGAGGCCUCAGAAUGAGAAUGCUCCACUCCCAGAUCCUGGCAAAGCAGGGCUGCAUAUCUUGGGGCUGGAAGUCUUUAGAGAGAGGCCCUAGGUGGGACAUUGCCAAGGGUACCUGUGUUUUGCUAGAGGGAAAGAGAGGUCCUCUGGACGCUGUAGACCAGCAUGGCCAUGGCCUCACAUGCUAUCCUUGGUGCCUUGGACCAUAUAUCCAGAGCUCUCCAGAACUAGACAGUCCUCAGAGGUCUCUCUGUCCAAGGAACGCAGUGUUCACCCAGCUCUGAGAAACUGCAAAUCUUCACGGAACUUGGGACAGUUGGAGAGCAGGCUUAGCAACAGUCCCGAGCUUCCAGAGCCAGUGUUCAUCCAUCCCUGUGUACAGGGCUCCUGCCUCAUAGGGGAGGCCAAGCAGGUAUUCGAGCCGAGUCUCAUAACACCGUAUGUAACUCAGACAUCCUCUGUCCACAAUUCUGAAAUAUCAGCUGAUUUUUUAGAGUCUCCCAUUCACAGGGAGACUCGUGCUAGCACUUUGGAACUUGGCUCUCUGAUAUACUGCUUUUGGAAAACCCAUGGAAUUUCACAUAUAAGCAUUUCACUUAUAUUUUAAGGUUCUUGGUGUGUGUUUUUUCUUGCUUGUUCUUUUGUUUGGAAUAUAUAAAUGGUGCUUAAUAGCAAAGUCUAUCAGAUGACUGUGUACUCCUGUUUGACAGGCAGCCACCACAAAAACCAUCAUGGUGCUGAACUCCAAUCACAUUUUAUCUUACUGAUCACAGCAAGCCAUAAAUUUGUUUUCUGUAUAGUAAAAUUUGGUUCCUUGAUUUUAUAACUUAUUAAAGUCAAAAUGUCUGUGUUUUUGCA